CCAGACACAACAAUCAGUUCGUCCAUAGCGGCUUUCAGUGCAUGCACACUCUUCGAAGGUCGCGUAUGGACAAUUUGGAGUUUGUCGGACGCCUUCAAUCCUUUAGUGCCAUCCACGAAACGUUCUCGCAGUGCAGCAAAGAAAUUGUUGAGGUUUUUCGUAGUGGAGUUCCUAAUUUCUGUGCGGUUGCGCUCUCGCUUAUUGACUGUGGGUACAAGCCGUUGGGAAUAAGGCUUGAUUCAGGGGAUCUUGCAUAUCAGUCAAUAGAAGCAAGAAAGUUCUUCGGAAUUAUUGGUGAAGCUUUUUGCCUUCCAACUUUCCAGAAGAUGACAAUCACUGCAAGCAACGACAUCACUGAAGAUACACUUGAUGCAUUAAAUAAGCAGGGGCAUUCUAUUGAUGCUUACGGGAUAGGGACACAUUUGGUAACUUGUUUCAAACAACCUGCUCUCGGAUGUGUAUACAAACUUGUAGAGAUCAACGGCCAACCUCGCAUCAAGAUCUCAGCCGAUCCCACAAAGGUGACCAUUCCCGGCAAGAAAUGGGGCUACAGGAUAUAUGGAAAAGAAGGCUAUGCUCUCCUUGACCUGCUGAUGGCAGAAACAGACUGCCCACCAAAGAUCGGGCAGCGCAUUCUCUGCAGGCAUCCAUUCAGUGAAGCGAAGCGGGCGUACGUCGUGCCUCAGAGAGUGGAACCCUUGUACAAAACCUACUGGUCGGGUAAAGCAGAGGCGAAGAAGAGGCAGGUGGAGGAGGAAAUGAGGGAGUGGACGCAGGAGCAGAAGGAGAAAAUGGCGGCUAUACAAGUGAAGGUGGAGAAAGAAGAAGAAGAGGAGCCAUUGGAAAGAAGAAGAGGUGAAGCUAGUACGAGUAAGGAGGAGCAGAUUGAGAAGUUGACACAAGAGUGGACCGCACACUUGGAGCUGGGGGAAGAUAGGGAGGCAGAAGUGGCCAUACCCCAAGCAGAGAGAGAGCCGGCGAGAAGGGAGUUGGGAGCAGAAAGGGACCCGGCGAGGAGAAAGGCGAAAGAGGGGGAACAGCAAAGGGCAUGGAAGUGGCGUAUGUCCCAAGAGAAAGUUAGGCGUUUGGAGGCGGCAGAGCGAGCUGAAAGGGACCUGAAAGCGGCGGAGACCAGGAUGGGGAAGAUCAGGGAGAGACUGAGAUAGCCACUAAACUUGAUACCCUGACCCAGAGUGUGGAGUCUCUACUAAUUGCACAUCGUGAGCAGACGCAGGACAUCCGCAACUUAGAAGUAAAGAUAGAUGCAAUAC